UGCUAGUCCAAUAUCAUUAGCGCCGAAUACGUUACUGACAAGUGUUGUACCUCUACAUUGAAGCGCCCAAGUGCGGCGCUGGCAUGAUUUUUGAAUGUUCGAUCUCCAAGUCCUUUUUGAAUAUCAACACACACUCAUUGUUGGCCAUUGUCACAUUUGGCACCAAUUUGGUUAUUUAAAAUUGGGUCUGGAGCCGCCUCUGAUGUAUAUUUUGGUGUUAAAAAUUUGGUACAAGCGCCAGACAUUCUGCACAAAGGCUCAAAUGCAGCGUUCUUCAGUGUCAUUUUUAUCUGAAAUUAAAAAAUGAAAGAAAUACCCGAGCAAGGAAUAGGGUUAUCUGCAUGCGACAAUGUUAUUGAGUGAUACUCAUGGACCGAACUGAAUUGAUCUUGUUGGAACGUGUUUAUAGUGUGAUAUGACGAGUUGUGUAUAUGUGUGCGUGUAACUUGCAAGCAAUGUUUCAUGUAGUCACGAUACUGUUUAACAAACAUGCAUAUGUUCCUUCCUAGGGACGCCCAGGAAGGCUGAUCGCCAGAAAAAGACCCCGGAGGAGUGUUGAGGAAGUAUUUUUCGUCGAGGACGUUCUAGAGUUUAACGAGGCCACGGAUAUGUAUCGGGUGAAAUGGCAAGGCACUCCGUCCGGAUGGUUCCGAGGCUGCCACCGUGUCGGAGACCGGUAGCCUCGCAGGGGGCCACCAGUCCGGCGCGCAGUCGGACGCCCAGUCGGACGCCCAGUCGGACGCCCAGUCCGACGAUCUGUCUGACGCCCAGCCCGACGAUCAGUCUGGCGCCCAGUCCGCCGUCCUCACGAGGAUGAUGACGCUGCCAGGACCGGUGGCUAUGCCGACGUCUCGUCCGGAUGGUUCCGAGGCUGCCACCGUGUCGGAGACCGGUAGCCUCGCAGGGGGCCACCAGUCCGGCGCGCAGUCGGACGCCCAGUCGGACGCCCAGUCGGACGCCCAGUCCGACGAUCUGUCUGACGCCCAGCCCGUCGAUCUGUCUGACGCCCAGUCCGUCGUCCUCACGAGGAUGAUGACGCUGCAAGGACCGGUGGCUAUGCCGACGUCUCGUCCGGAUGGUUCCGAGGCUGCCACCGUGUCGGAGGACCGGUAGCCUCGCAGGGGGCCACCAGUCCGGCGUGCAGUCGGACGCCCAGUCGGACGCCCAGUCGGACGCCCAGUCCGACGAUCUGUCUGACGCCCAGCCCGACGAUCAGUCUGGCGCCCAGUCCGUCGUCCUCACGAGGAUGAUGACGCUGCCAGGACCGGUGGCUAUGCCGACGUCUCGUCCGGAUGGUUCCGAGGCUGCCACCGUGUCGGAGACCGGUAGCCUCGCAGGGGGCCACCAGUUCGGCGUGCAGUCGGACGCCCAGUCGGACGCCCAGUCGGACGCCCAGUCCGACGAUCUGUCUGACGCCCAGCCCGACGAUCAGUCUGGCGCCCAGUCCGUCGUCCUCACGAGGAUGAUGACGCUGCCAGGACCGGUGGCUAUGCCGACGUCUCGAGGUCGCCAACCGAAGCCGUCAGCUAUGGUGAAGCCCGUUUAUCGCAAACCUGAACAAGCUGUGGCUCGUCCGGCUCGUCAGCUAUCGCUGAAGAGCCGGACCUAAAACAGCGGACUUGGAAGGAUGUAAAGUACCAGGUCCACAAUAUGAUUACGACCCGCCAGAGACGGGCGCUCAGAUAGGUGAAAAGGGCUUCACCAGUCCGGCGCCCAGUCCGGUGCCCGGUCCGGCCUUCACCGUUUUUGUGGCAAAUACAGCAUCUGUCCUUUU